ACCACCUAUGCUUUAUAAAGGGAUUGCAGUGUUUUUUGGAUAAAUGUUCUGGAGUUGGUAGACGGGAGCGGCAUACAGGACAAGUUUUAUUUAGAGUAGCCUACCAAAACAGAGGUAUAUUGAGUAGGCUACACCGGGAACAUCUUUAUUCUUGAUGUCACAUUCAAGCGAGAGGUAGGAAAAGGCAGGGAUGGCAGACAUUCGGAAGAAACUUGUCGUGGUGGGGGACGGGGCAGGUGGGAAAACAUGUCUACUGAUUGUAUUCAGCAAAGACGAAUUUCCCGAGGUGUAUGUUCCGACUGUAUUUGAGACAUAUGUUGCGGACAUAGAGGUGGAAAACAAGCAAGUCCAGCUAGCUUUGUGGGACACAGCCGGACAGGAGGACUACGACCGGCUGCGCCCCCUUUCCUAUCCGGACACCGAUGUCAUUCUGAUGUGCUUCUCUGUGGACAGCCCGGACUCGUUGGAAAACAUCCCUGAAAAAUGGGUCCCUGAAGUCAAACACUUUUGUCCAAAUGUACCGAUUAUAUUAGUGGCGAACAAGAAAGACCUGCGCAAUGAUGAAAACGUAAAGAACGAGCUGUCCCGGUUGAAGCUGGAGCCCGUGAAAGCAGAGGAUGGCCGGGCCAUGGCUAUGCGCAUUGGUGCAUAUGCAUAUUUGGAGUGCUCUGCCAAAACCAAGGAAGGGAUCUGGGAGGUAUUCGAAACUGCAACACGGGCAGCCUUACAAAAACGGAAAACACCAUCAGAAAGUUGUCUUAAAUGCUGUGUUUUGAUGUGAAUCGACGCUAUCUGGAGAACCUUGACGCGCAGAUACGCUUCCGCCGCUGGGAUCUGUGUCUGAACAUGCAGGCCUACGGGCAGUGACCAUGGCUUGAAUACCCUCUUGUAAUCAGACAACCUUGGUUAUACUGAAACAAAUGACUGCAAACAAGUUAUUUUGAACACAUUCGGGGAUCAUCUGG